CAGAUCCAACUCCUCUCCAUUUUUUCUUCCUCCCUUCUCUAAUCUUCCAUCUUCGCUGCUAAAUUAGGGUUAGUUGGGGGUUAGGCUGUCCCGCUUGCGCUCUCUUGCGGUGGAUCCCUCUCAAUCGGAGCAAGAGAGGGACAUCUAGAUCUACUUCGGCCCUCGAUUCUGAAACUGCCGGAAGAAGAUCGAUGGGUCGCGAGGUGUCAUCGGCCUCCAUCGCAAGCGAGAGCGUGGUGAAGAAGGUACUUCUCUCUUACUUCUAUGUCGGAAUCUGGAUCUUUCUUAGUUUCACCGUCAUCGUCUACAACAAAUACAUCCUCGAUCCUAAGAUGUAUAACUGGCCCUUCCCGAUCUCUCUCACUAUGAUUCACAUGGCCUUUUGCUCCUCUCUCGCUAUAAUCCUCGUCCGCGUUCUUCGUCUCGUUGAGCUUCCAUCUUCCCCUACCAUGACCCGCGAGCUCUAUAUCUCCAGCGUUGUGCCGAUCGGGGCGCUCUACGCUUUUUCUCUCUGGUUCUCGAAUUCGGCGUAUAUAUACCUAUCUGUCUCCUUUAUUCAGAUGCUCAAAGCUCUGAUGCCUGUGGCUGUGUAUUCGAUCUCGAUUCUGUUUAGCAAGGAGAGUUUCCGCAGCACAACAAUGGCUAACAUGCUCUCGAUUUCGUUUGGCGUUGCGAUCGCAGCCUAUGGCGAGGCUAGAUUUAGUACAUGGGGGGUUCUGCUGCAGCUUGGCGCUGUUGUCUUUGAGGCGACCCGUCUUGUUCUGAUUCAGAUCCUUCUGAGCUCCAAGGGGAUUACUCUGAACCCCAUCACCACUCUUUAUUAUGUGUCUCCUUGCUGUCUUGUCUUUCUUUCCCUCCCAUGGGCCAUCGUUGAGUUUCCCAUACUCCGCAACACCUCUUCUUUUCACCUCGACUUCUUUAUCUUUGGAACCAACUCCUUCUGCGCUUUUGCGCUCAAUCUCGCCGUCUUCCUGCUAGUUGGUAAGACUUCUGCUCUCACCAUGAAUGUUGCCGGUGUUGUGAAGGAUUGGCUUCUCAUCGCCUUCUCAUGGUCUGUGAUCCGUGACACCGUUACAACCAUUAAUCUCGUCGGCUACGGCAUCGCUUUCCUCGGAGUGGCGUACUAUAACCACAUCAAGCUGCAGGGGCUUAAGGCCAAGGAAGCUCAGAAGAAGGUUGCUCCAGCUGAUGAGGAAGCCAGGAACCUUAUCGAGGAGAAGGAAACUGAGAGCUUGGGGGGGCGCAAGAUCGAGUCCCAGGUUUGAUCUCCAUUAUCAAGUUCGUAAUUUUUGAUGAUCUGGUGUUAACGAUCCAUCCAUCGGUUCAGUUCGAUUCUGCUUCAAUUGAUCUAUAUCUUUAUUUAUAUCAAUUUGGAUGAUUAUUUAGGAGGAAGAAGUGGGGAAGUGGAAAGGGAAGAUCUUUGUGUAAGGUUUUUUAUUUUUAUUUUUUUAUAGGUGAUGUUGGUUCUUGCUUUUUGCUAUAUAGGGACGUUGAUUUUCAUCAUUAAUCUUUUGCUCGUUACUUGUAAUUCGAGACUUUAUUACGUAGCUUCCGACUUCAGUGAGGCAUUUUCUUAA